AUGAAACGCCGUCUCGAAGACCUCGCGCCGCGUCUGCGCGCGCUCUCGCUCGCGCGCGAGACGUCCACGAGGACGUUCGCCGCGGACGCGUCGGCGAACCGACGAAAAGCGCCGUCGGCGCCGCGCGAGCGUCGAACGAACGGUCGAAACACGACGCCGCCCCGCGCCGCGCCGACGCUCGCGCGCGACGCCGACGCCGACGACGGGCUCACGCGACGGGGAAGACGAGAGUUCUAUCGCGAACGCGCGAUCGUUCGUGGGGACGAGCACGGGAUCGACGCGAGGGGGUUGUUCGAGCGGGAAGCGACGCGCGAGGCGUUGCGGGCGAGCGCGCGGCUGGCGAGACGCCUGCGGGAGGACGUCUACGUCGUCGGUGGGGCGGUGAGGGAUUGGGCGAGCGGGCGAGAGGCGAGAGAUAUUGAUUUAGCGACUAGGGCGAGCUGGGAGGAGAUUUCGAGGGCGGAUCGAUCGGCGAGACGCGUUGGAAGGAGGUUUCCGGUUGCGUUGUUGCGAGCGGGACGCGGGACGGUGGAGUUAGCGUCGUUCGGUCGCGGGAGGGCGAACGUGGGUAAAGUCGAGGUGAGGGAUGUUGAAGAUGAUGAGGAUGUAGACGGUGAAUCGCCGAUGACUCCGAGUGGGGAGGUGGAUUAUGAUGAGAUUUUGCGGCGAAGGCGAAGAGUUCGGACGACGAGGGCGACGGUGAGGACACCGCGCGUCCGGAUGGACGAGGAGAUGGAGCGGUUGGUGGAGUGCGAGGACAAUGCGUACGAGCGUGAUUUCACCGUGAACGCGAUGUUUUACGACCCGAGACGUAACGAAAUCUUGGACUUUGUGGGCGGGAUGAACGACGUCUUGGCGCGUGUCGUUCGCACGGUGAAACCGACGUACGAGAGUUUACGAGAGGACCCAGUGCGAAUGUUGCGAGCGAUUCGUCUCGCCGCGAGGCACGGAUACACAAUGACGAAGGAACUUCGAGCGGGUUUGCGGGCGUAUGGACCCAUUCUCGCACACGAAAACCCCAGACGCGUCUUCGUCGAGAUGGAGACUCUGAUGCAUCACGGACAUUCAGAGCAAACGUUCAAGCUGUUAUGGCACUCGCUGUUGAUGCAGUACAUGUUCCCCGUACAAAACGACUUCUUGGUUCCGCGCAUGCCGAAAAAGUCAACGCUGACGUACGAGAUGGACGUGUCGAUGCAGCGCGAUUUCGACGGCGGCGCAAACGCGUUCUUCGGCGCUCUUCGUGCGUACGAUGCGUUCGUGUCGUCCAAAGACGAAGAUGAGGACGAACAGCGACUGCAAGUGCAAGCGAGCGCUCCACAGUGGCUCGCACUCAUAGCUGCGCCCGUGGCGCUUCAGAAAUUGGCAGCAAAGACGGAGGAAUCUCCGACGCUUCCUCCUCGAUGGCGAGACGUCGCGAAGGCGUCUGAAGACGUUCGCGAAGACGCAAGAGCGAGAUGGGAAGCGUUCACGGACGCGAUCGUGGAUGUAUUCGAGGAGAUGAUCGAACGCACAGGUUCAGACUCGAACGAUGAGGAGCGGAAACACGUCUCGCUCCUUGAGCGGCCGCACUGCGCAAGCGCUAUAGGACUUCUCCUCGCGCAAGGACCUGUCUUCGAUGAUUUCGAUGGAUCCACGCGAUGGAUGGACGCGUCGUUCGGGUCCUUGAGCGACGGUGGCGCGCGUCUGUUAUCAUUUAUUCGAACGAAAAAACGCGGAAUGGACGAUAAGCGUCGAAGUCGUGCCGAGGCGGAGGUCGUUCGCUUGAGUCUCGAAGCCGCGUACGGGAAGUAA